ACCGGCAGCCAUCACUCGGUCCCCGCCCUGAAUACCCACAGUGAACCGUUACAUGGGAAUACAUACAUACAUACAUACGGGGGGGUGCUGACAUUAUUCGAUAAUUGUUUUAAAUACGUUCAUUGUUUAGUUUGAAUUGAACUUGUACCAUGGAGCUGGACCGGCGGCUGUUGCUGGCCCACUGUGCGGCUCACGCCCUGUCGGUGGCGGCGGGCUUGCUGGUGGUCGUCCCCAUGGCUCUCAACGGCUCCGCUUUCAAAGGCCGCUGCGCACUCUUCUCCACCGGCUACUGGAGGACAGAGGACCGGGAAGAGCUGCCGGGGCAGCCGGGAGACGUCUCUCACCUGGUGGUACAGCACUGGGGCCCACCGGCAGCCUGCCAGUUCGCCACAUUUGUCGGUAUUUUCACGGUGCUGUACGGUGCAGCGCAGGGCUGGAGGUGCCUCUUCUAUCUGCACGGACGACAUGAUGACACCCUGUUUUCCUCCUUCCUGACGGUGCUACUGAGUGUGUGUGUGCUCUUCCUGUCCGGAGGGGCCAGCGUCAUCUUGUCUUUGGGUCUCAGCUCCUGGUGCGACACGGUGACUAAUCUCAACACACGACCAUACAGCUGUGUAGAGUCUCAGUCUGUUCCACUCUACCUGGAUGUGGACACCUCGUCUUUCUACACAGAGCUUAGUCUGGCACAGGUGUCUCUGUGGGGUGUCACGGCUCUGUGGCUGGUUCAGUCCAUCCUGGCUUUCCUGCGGCUCUACCACUCUCACAGCCAGAACAUCAGCGGGCCGUGUCGUCCCCGAGAGAAGGAGCUGCUGCUGGGACACAGCCCGUCUGACAGCGGCUCCCCAACACCUCCACUUCCUCCAGCAACUGCCACCAUCUUUGUCUAACUGAGAGAGUAUGAGGUAGUGACGUAAGAUGAUACACUCUGCUCUGUAAAUGUAGUUUAAAACCUAAUUUACCCUUAUCACUAUUGAUAAUGCCCAGUCUACAGUUCUUACUACUGCAUGUAGAAUAUGGGCAUGAAAGUGUAUGUUUUUAUUUUGAUAUAAUUCAACACCUUAUAUAAUAAGACUGAUAAAUCAUAUGGGUGUAUAUCAGCUGAUAAAUAGCAAAAAAUGUCAGGAUAGAAAUACCAAAGAUUUGUUUCAGGUUAUUUAGAAACAGUGUUUCCAUUUUAUAGUUUGUCCUCCAGAGAGCACUCACAAGUUUAUUUUUACCAUCCCGUAGGCGGUCAGGCUGUAUUAUAUAAUUAUAUAAUGAUAUGAUUCAGCCUCACUCAGACACCACGACUUUUCUGCUUCUUAUGUAUUGAUUACAAUUAAGUCACAGAACUAAGCAUUUAUUUAUUAAAAGAAAAUAAGGAAAACAUUUACAACUUUCCUCAAAGACUCUUCUAACCCAUUGGAUGAAAAAACAUUAAAUCCUCUGCACAAUAAAAAAAGAUCAUAUCAUUUAAGAGAGCUAUUACGAGUAACCACAAGGGGGAAAAGAAUCCAAGUUGUAAUUCUUAGUUAAGGCAAAAAGAACUACAGAAGAUAUCAACUUUUUGUGAGUUCCACAACGAUCCUGUUUUAAUGUGUCUGUAUAUACGUACGUGUGCUGGGCGAUUCAUUGUCCUUCAAAUAGGCUA